AUGGUGCGUGUUGAGGUGGUCACGCACCAGCGGCUGCCCGGCGAACUUGUACACGCGCUGCAGCACCUUGUAGCAGACGGCGUAGGUGGAGCCGGGGUAGAGGUACAGCAGCUUCUGCGCCACGCUGGCGUCCGCCUUGGCGCGAAAGAUGGUGGCGUUGAGGUUGUGCAUCGUGCCAGCGAGGGAUUCGCCUUGAAUCCGGUUGCGGUUACUCAUCAGCCGCUUCGCCACCGUGUCGAACGGGUGGAAAAAGGCGAUCUCUAA